AUGAUUAUUCGACAUAUUAGACAUUUAGCAACAAGAACAAGACCUGUACUACCAAAACAAAAAUCUCAAAAUGAAAUUAGACGAUUUUCAUUCUAUGAUUUAGUAUUACGAACCCCAUCACAUCCUACACAUCCAAUCGAAGCAGCUUUAAUGACAAAAGAUGAUUUAAACACGUUAAAACAACAAACUAAAACUAGAUUUGAAGGUAAUUAUUCAAUAGAUACUUCAAUAUCAGCAGAAGAAAGAAUUCAAAAGGUUUUCGGAGGUAGAAUAAAAGGUGAAGAUAGAAAAAGUUCAAGUAGAAUAACAAGAGGUGAACCAAAAGUAAUUGCUGGUAUAACUGUUCCUUCAAGACCUCCAGAACCUGAUAAUUGUUGUAUGAGUGGUUGUAUAAAUUGUGUUUGGGAAUUAUUUGAAGAAGAUUUAAAAGAUUGGAAUGAAAAAAGAAUUGAAGCUGCUAAAAAAUUGGUUGAAAAAGGUGGUAGAUGGCCUGAACAUUUUCAUGCACCUUUAAAACAUUUAAAUAAAGAAAAUUAUCCUGAAUCAAUUGCAAAUAAAAAAGAUCAUGAAUUAGAAAGUACAGAAGAAGGACCAAAUGAAUGGGGUGAUGUUCCUAUUGCAAUUAGAGUUUUCACAGAAACUGAAAAGAAACUUAAAAGAAAACAUGCACAACAAUAA